ACGCCACCUGUCUUUCCCCGUCCGGCCGUCCGUGGCACCAACUCCCAAAACGCUUCUCCCCAGCUGGUGUCGCCAUCGAUCCGUCGAUGGAUUGUGUCAUCCGAGCCCGCACCAGAAACCCGUCACCGGCCGUUCCCCGAUUUACGGGCGAGCGGCGGCGCCUCCGCCAGUCGGCGACGGUGUCCUUCCGGCCCAUGGCGUCGGCAGCUCCAGUGGAGGAGCCCGCCGCGGCGGCGGUGGCUGAGACGAAGCCGCGGCCGAGCGGCGACUCCUUCAUCCGGCACCACCUCAGGAGCCUCGCCCCCUACCAGCCCAUCUUGCCCUUCGAGGUGCUAUCUGCUCGGCUUGGGCGUAAACCAGAGGACAUAAUCAAGUUGGAUGCGAAUGAGAAUCCUUAUGGUCCACCGCCGGAGGUAGCCACAGCAUUAGGAAAUUUAAAAUUCCCUUAUGUGUACCCUGAUCCUGAAAGCCGUCACUUGCGUGCUUCCCUCGCUGAAGAUUCUGGCCUUGAACCUGAGUACAUACUUGUUGGUUGUGGUGCCGAUGAGCUAAUUGAUUUAAUUAUGAGAUGUGUACUUGAACCAGGUGACAAAAUUAUAGAUUGCCCUCCAACUUUUACCAUGUAUGAGUUUGACGCUUCUGUCAAUGCUGCACUUGUGAUCAAGGUUCCAAGACUUCCUGAUUUCUCCCUAGAUAUUGCACAAAUUGUCAAAAUGGUUGAACAGGAGAAGCCAAAAUGCAUAUUUCUGACAUCUCCAAACAACCCAGAUGGCAGUGUAAUCAAUGAUGAGGAUCUUUUAAAGAUCCUUGACCUUCCGGUACUUGUAGUGCUAGACGAAGCAUAUGUUGAAUUUUCAAGCCUAAAAUCAAGGAUGACAUGGGUUAAGAAGCAUGAUAAUUUGAUUGUCCUCCGAACAUUUAGCAAACGAGCAGGUUUAGCUGGGCUUCGUGUGGGCUAUGGAGCAUUUCCUCUAAGCAUUAUUGAGUACUUAUGGCGGGCCAAGCAGCCCUAUAAUGUUUCUGUGGCAGCAGAAGUUUCCGCAUGUGCUGCCUUGCAAAACCCCACCUAUUUGGAGAGCGUGAAGAAUCUGCUACUACAGGAGAGGGAGAGGUUGUAUAAUCUUCUCAAAGGAGUACCUUUCCUGAAGCCAUUUCCCAGUCAUGCAAACUUCAUUAUCUGUGAAGUCACAUCAGGAAAAGAUGCAAAGAAAAUAAAGGAAGACCUUGCGAAGAUGGGAGUGAUGAUCCGCCACUAUGACAAAAAGGAACUGAAGGGGUAUAUUCGUAUUUCAGUUGGAAAGCCCGAGCACACUGAUGCACUAAUGGAAGGACUCAAGGCACUUGAACUAUGAGAACUCGCUUCGAUGGAAACACUGAAGAACUUCACGAGUACCUGCGUGCCCAUUGCUAGGCUUGUGUACAGUAGGUGCGGUCUAUCAGGUAGAGAUUAGCUUCCAAAAAAAGAAGUAGAGAUUGCUUCAAUCCAAAUCAGUAAGAUUCCAAACCAACUAGGAUCAAUUAGUUUCCAAUAAAACGUCUACUCUUAAGUACUUACUGCUGACUUUUUGGCCAUACAAUUUUAGCAAAGUUAUUGUUCAGAGAAAGACUGUCGUAGAAGUUGAUUUCCUUGUUGGUGUUAAGUCUUUGUGAUUCGUUAUGCAUAGUAAGUAGUACUAACUUGUUUGGUUGCC